AUGCGGGGGAACAAGCACACUGGCCGGAAGCACAAGAAUCAGAACAAAAAGACAAGGCCAUCAGUCAUCGCGGCCAAACGCCGCAGCAAGGACAUCGAUCAAGUGCAUGAAGACUUGAAGGUUGCACAAAAGGAGGUUGCAGAAAGCUUCAGACGACAGGGCGACCGCAGAGACAUUGAAAUCGCAGAAGCAGAAGCUGCGGAAGCAGCUGAUGCUGAAGAGGUUUUCUGUCUUGGCUGGGAAAGGUGGUCCGAAGAGCUUGCCCAGGCGGUGGCCUCCAAUCGGCCGUGGCCAAUGCCACCUGCCAUGUUGGCCGAUGCACCAGUUGCUGCCGUCCGUGUGGCAGAGGCGGCGAUGAACGCAGUAGCUGCCAUCUGGAGCACAGAUGUGGAGUACAGGAGGCUCCUGCAGCAUGUGGAGGAGCUGCAGCUGCAGCUGCAAAGCAUGGGAAAAGGCGACAAGGAUGCUAGCUCCGCUUCACAGCCUUCGCAGCCAUCGCUGCCACUGCAUGAGCAGCAGCGCCUUGCAAAGGCCCUCCUCAAUGAGGAGCAGGAAGUGCGAAGGCUCCGGGAGAGGGAAAAGGCCUUAAGCGAGCAACUUGCGGCGGCGCGUGCCACAGCUCGAAAGCUCAAGGAUCGGGAUGCCACUUACUCUGCAACAGAUCUGGAGAGGCAGGCCGCUCUUACAACUGCCAAGCGCCAGGAGGCAACUGCACGGCAACAGUACCAUGACCGAGAAUCCGAGAUUCAGACGCUGCGGCGCGAGGUUAACGACUUGUCAUCGCAACUUGCCAAGAAAGACGCUGUGCAGGCUUCUUUAAGCAACCAGGUUCGUCAGCUGAACAUCCAGUUGCAAAAGGCAAGACAACAGCGGGAAGACUUGACUUUUGACUUGAGGCAGUAUCUCACAUCCAUGCAGGAUCAUUUUGCAGCCGAUGAGUUGCGCGAAAGUGCCGUGACUGAAGUUCUCAAAGACAAGGAGAUUCACCCUGGUAGUGUGGCAUCACCGUCUCCGUCCAGAGCUGCGAAGUCCCCGCCUAGAUCUGUGAGGUCUCCGAGGCCAGCGAGGUCUCCUGCAAGGGCUCUGAAGCAGGAACAUUCAAAGAAUUCCCUUGCCGCGAAACUGCUCGAGUUCGACCGGCCAGAGUCUCCUGCGCGUAUCCCGGAAGAUCACUCCAGGCAGCGCGACCCACAAAGUCAAAGUCACCUGUUCGUUUCACCUCGCAAAGUCCUCGAUCGCGAGACAGCGUCGACCUUCGAGAGGAAGCUUGAGCGCGUAGUGGCUAAGUCAGCCAGCUUCGCCGAUUUCGUGCCGCGAGUCUGCAGUGAGUACGCGGAUGGGUUUGUGGAUGGUCCACUUGAGCUACCUUUGCAGCACGGGGAGCGCAUCAACACGAGAGCUUGGUGGCCAGAGGGUGCUUCGAGAUCGGAUGACGCUGCUGUGCGUGAGGUGUUGUCACGAGCAUGGAUGGAGCUUGGCCCAUUCGAUGGCGUUCUGGGCUUCUCGGAGGGAGCGGCUGCAGCGCUGCUCUGUUGCCAAUGGGCCGGGCAGAAUGACACACUCCCCGAGAUCGAUGCGGCGCCGCUCUUCUCGGAGCUCGCUUUUGCAGUCCUUGCAGGGGCGCCCUCGCCCCCCUCAGGGUCGAUGAGCUCGACACCACUGAGACUGAAGUCCUUGCACUUCGCAUCUGCACAAGACACGGUCGUGCAGCUGUCCGACAGCUUGCGCUGUGCCGGGGCUUUUGAGGGCCCUGAGGUGAUUGAACACGACGGUGGACACUCGGUUCCACAACGCGCGGAGGAUGUUCGUGGCCUCGCAGCGUUUCUGGAGGCCCGCUUGAAGGAGUCGCGCGAAAGGUUCGGCAGAGCCAGUGCCGCAGAUAUGGAAGAUGAGCAGAGGGUAAAUCAGGAGCAAAAAGAUGAGGUGGAGGCUCUUUGUGCCAUGUUCGGGGAGGACGAGAUAUGCUUGCUGAGGCCUGUGUGGCCGGUGCGUCUUGCCAUUCGGCUCCAGAAUGGGGACAGCUUUGCUGCCCUGAGAUUUCUCUUUCCUCCAGGCUACCCGCAACAGGCCUCGUGUCUCUGCGAGCUAGAAGCCCGUGACCUGGGAUUGCAAGCGCACGCGCGGGAGCUUCUAGACACGCUGGAGGCAUCGCGGGAGCCGCUGGGCUUUCCAAGCGUGAUGGCCAUGGUUCAUGCAGCCCAAGAGUGGAUUUCCGAGCACGAGGCGGAGGUGACUGGACGGACUGCAGACAACGCGAACAGCAAGAAAGCAGAUGAGCAGGAUGAGGCGGAGGACUUCGAAGAUGGCUCUGACAAGUGGUGGCUGCGUGACGAGACCGAGGUGGAUGAAACUCUUCUGGCUGAGGCGGAGCAGAAAGCCGCCAGCUUGCUGCCUGAUGGUGGCGAAGAGAAGUCCUGGGCGCGACAGUGCGGAGCUGGAAAUUAUGGUAAGGCCUGGGAAUUUAUCAUUGGCCUGGUCGGAAAGCCCUCGGCUGGCAAAUCAACAUUGUUCAACGCCGCCACGCGCCCGGAAGGGGCAGGCAAGGAGGCAGCUAUGGCUCCGCAUCCCUUCACCACCAUCGACCCCAACAUCGCCGCGGGCUGGUUCGCGGCCCCUUGCCCUUCUGUGGAACUGGGCUGCCAGGACGAGUGUGAACCCGAAUAUGGCAGAGCUGACAAGAGUCAGCGUCGCUUCCCUCUCUGGGUGAAGGAUGUUGCUGGGCUUGUCCCAGGUGCCUACAUGGGACGCGGACGCGGAAAUGCCUUCUUGAACGACCUCUGUGACGCGGAUAGCCUGAUUCACGUCGUGGAUGCAAGUGGUAGAAGUGACUCUGAAGGUGUUGAUCAGGGCACUUCUGCGGGCAAGACUGCCGUGACGGAUCCAUUGGAUGAAAUUGGCUGGGUGCGCCGAGAAAUCCACUUGUGGAUAUUUUGCAAUGUGCGGGCCAAGUGGGAUACAGUGCGAAGAAAGGCCAAGUUGGCCAAACUCAAUUCCUCCUUGCGGGAUCUCGCUGCGGAGCGGCUGUUUGCCUUGUUCACUGGCUAUCGAGCUUCUCAGCAACUGGCUGCUCAAGUUUACGAAGCGACAGGGCACAGCUUGCCAACCUUAGCGGAGGACAUCUUGAAAUGGGGCGAGUUCGAUCUCCACCUGCUUGUGGCCUGCUUCUUAAGAGUCCGCUUCCCCAUUGUUGUGGCCUUGAACAAGGCCGACACGCCGGAAGCAGCCGAGCACAUCCCCCGCGUGCAGGCGGCCUUGGGAGGCUCCUGUGUGCCCGUGUCCGCUCGGAGUGAGCUGUGGCUCUGGCAGCAGAAGCGCAAAGGCGUGCUGGCCUAUGAGGACGGCGGAGGUUCUUCUUCCGUUUCGUUAUUGAGCGCUACCGCCGAGGUUGAGGAGCAGGUUAAACUUUUGGGCCAAAAAGUACUGGAUGUCUAUGGCUCUACGGGUGUCCUGCAGGUGCUUUCUCAAGCAGUUUAUCGCCGAAAGCCUAUCUUCUGCUGCCCGGUGGUCGAUUUUUCCAGCCUGGAAAGUGUGCCAAGGCCUGGUGGCUCCUCAACGGGCGGAUACGCAGGAACCAAGCCGAAGCCACCAAAGCUCGUGACCAUGCUGAUGCUGCGGCCGCUCUCCACUGCAGAGGAGGUCUAUGCCGCACUGAAGAAUGAGCAAAUGGUGCGAGGAGAUCUUGUCCGAGCAGAGGUGCUUCAGAUAGACGGGGGUGGACGCACCCAGGUGCAAGUUCUUCGCCGCGACGACACUCUAAGGCCGAAGGCUCUCCCAACGGCCUGGGUCAUCCGCGUUCUAACCAACAAGAAGGUGAAAUAA